UCUCGCACCGUGAAGGAGGCAGAGUGCGAAGGCACCAUUGAGGCCGUGCAGCCCCCCAGGGAGCACCACAGCUACGGGCGCAACGAGGGGGCCUGGAUGAAGGACCCGGCAGCCAAGGAUGACCGCAUCUACGUCACCAACUACUACUAUGGCAACAGCCUGGUGGAGUUCAGGAGCCUCGACAGCUUCAAGCAGGGCCGCUGGAGCAACCUCUACAAGCUGCCCUACAACUGGAUUGGCACGGGGCACGUGGUGUACAGGGGGGCCUUCUACUACAACCGAGCCUUCACCAAGAACAUCAUCAAGUACGACCUGAAGGAGCGCUACGUGGCGGGCUGGGCGCAGCUCCACGAUGUGGUGUACGAGGACACCACGCCCUGGAAGUGGAGGGGCCACUCGGACAUCGACUUUGCCGUGGAUGAGAGCGGGCUCUGGGUCAUCUACCCCUCGGUGGACUAUGACUACUCCCAGCAGGAGGUGAUCGUCCUCAGCCGGCUGGACCCCGUGGACCUCUCGGUGCGCAAGGAAACCACCUGGAAGACAGGGCUGAAGCGCAACACCUACGGGAACUGCUUCAUCAUCUGUGGCAUCCUCUAUGCUGUGGACACCUACAGCCAGAAGGAAGGGCAGAUCUCCUAUGCCUUCGACACGCACACGGACACGGAGGCAGAGCUCCGGCUGCCCUUCCUCAACCACUACUCCUUCACCACGCAGGUCGACUACAACCCCAAGGAGAAGGUGCUCUAUGCCUGGGACAACGGCCAUCAGAUGACCUACGGGCUCAGCUUCGUGGUCUGAGUGCCCGGGCGGGUCCCUCUGCACUCCUGCACCCACCCUGCCUGGGGCACCCUGACGCAGCCUGGCCCUGGCACCCCCACUCCAGCCAGGGCUGUGGCAAGAGCCCGGCUUCCCCCUCAA